AUGUCAAGUCGUCGUUUGUGUGUCGCAUGUGUUUUUUUCUAUUUUGUCGAGUGUGAAGUGUCCAUCGUGUCGCAGAUCUGCCCCGUCUCUCACUCGAAGAUGUGAAGUGGGAAAUCUUACAAGAAGAUUUCCGCCGUCGCGAAUUGGCGGGUCCCGAUGGUGCCGGAGUUGCAAGCAUGGGCCGUGGGCACGGCCGUGGAAGGGGCAGAGGGCGAGGAGGAAGAUUUGGCAGCAGCUACUUCAAUGGAGGCCGUGGUAAUGGAGGAUAUGGCACCAACAACAACAACAAUGGCUACGGGCGUGGGCGCGGUCGAUUUGAUGGCGAAUGCCACUUUUGCCACAAGACCGGCCACAUGUGGAGAGAUUGCUUCAAACUACCUGAUGGCUGGACCCCUUCUCAAGGCCAAGAGGGCAGAGGAGCAAGGGGAGGAAGAGGCAGAGGUCGUGGAGGCCGUGGUGGUCAUGGAAGCGAAGCGGCAAGCAUGAAAGGUGGAGACUACGACAAGGACUCGAGUGAAGAUCGAUACCCGGGCCAAUUCUUCUUGGUCUC